CCUAUCGAUUUCCACUUUUGUGGGUCGUGUGAUGGGCCUGGCAGUGUUCCAUAGUCACUAUAUCAACGGAGGCUUCACCCUGCCCUUCUACAAGCAGCUGCUGGGGAAACCUAUUAUGCUACAAGACCUGGAGACCACUGAUCCUGAACUUCACAAGAGUCUGGUCUGGAUACUGGAGAAUGACAUCUCGUCGGUUCUAGAUCAUACGUUCUGCGUGGAACACAGUGCCUUCGGGAAGUUCCUUCAACAUGAGCUGAAACCCAACGGUCAGAACCUCCCGGUAACCGAGGACAACAAGAAGGAGUACGUGAAGCUUUAUGUCACCUGGAGGUUUAUGAGGGGGAUCGAGGCUCAGUUCUUAGCUCUGCAGAAAGGAUUCAGCCAACUGAUUCCUCAACACCUCCUCAAACCAUUUGACCACAAGGAGCUGGAGUUGAUAAUCGGAGGCCUGGGGAAGAUAGACCUAGCAGAUUGGAAGUCUAACACCCGUUUGAAGCACUGUGCUGUAGACAGUAAUGUGGUUUGCUGGUUCUGGGAGGCUGUAGAGAGCUUCACUGAGGAGAGGAGAGGACGACUACUGCAGUUUGUUACCGGUUCUACCAGAGUUCCACUACAGGGAUUCAAGGCACUACAGGGUGGGUCGCACGCACACCCCACAUCAAUAUUAACAAAGAACAGCUAUAACUAGAACAGUUGAUGUUGGUGUUCUAGAACAGUGAU